CUUUCUCUUCAUCCUCCACUCCCGUCUCGCUCUCACUACCUUCCGCCAACAGGCCUUUCGGUCUUGCCGAUUUUUCUCUCCUCCUCUAAGCCGCUUAUUUCCAUUGUAGUUUCUGAACAAGUCCGAGAUCCGAUACCUCCAGUAGUAUUGAUAUAAUCAGGUCUACCGUUUCGUUUCCGUCGAAGAUGAUGUACCUUUUGCCGGUUAGAGCCAUCCAAAAAUGUUAGACCCGUAUGCUGUUGUUCACGUUAGAUCCCAAAAAUGGCUUCGCAAGAGGAAAAAAAAGGGCCCUCUUUGGAUUUUUACCUCAACUUUCUCCUGCACUUGUGAAUAGUAGUAGCUCUAGCAGCAGAUGAAGUUUUGAUCUUUUUUCUGAGCCUGCAGUAACUGCAGUUCCAAAAAAAUCUUUAAAGACCAGACUUUUUGGGAUUUGUGUGAUAGUAACAAUAAUAUUUUUGUUGGUUUUAAGAUGUUUGAUGAUCUAAUGGAUAUGGGUUUGUACUUGUUUUCAUAGACAUAUUAGAGAUGGAGGUGAAGUUAGUAGAAUGAAAAUUUCUUGAGCAACAGUAGUUGACAGUAAAAAAAAAAAGUGGGAUUUUUGAAAGUGGCUAAGAUGAGUUUGGAUGCUGCUGAAGAAGAAGAAGUAUCGUCCCAAGAAGUAAAAAUUCCAGCUGAUAUAGAUUGGAAAAUGCUGGAUAAAUCCAAGUUUUUCUUCCUCGGAGCUGCCUUUUUUUCCGGUGUUUCAGCUACUCUUUAUCCUAUAGUGGUGUUAAAAACCAGGCAACAGGUGGCCCAAUCUCAAGUUUCUACCAUUAGGAUUGCGUUUUGGGUUGUUAGACUCGAGGGGUUUCGCAGUUUGUAUAGAGGAUUUGGGACUUCUUUAAUGGGUACAAUCCCCGCCAGGGCAUUAUACAUGGCCGUCUUGGAGAUUACCAAGAGUAAUGUGGGGACUACUGCCAUUAAAGUUGGCUUUCCAGACUCGACUGCAGCUGCUAUGGCUAAUGCUGCUGCUGGAUUAAGUGCUGCAGUGGCUGCACAAAUGGUUUGGACCCCAAUUGAUGUGGUGAGCCAGCGCCUUAUGGUGCAAGGUGGUAAUCGACACAAAUUUAGUAAUUCGUUAUCUUCGACCAAGUAUCUGAAUGGAUUUGAUGCCUUCAGGAAGAUCCUAAAUUCGGAUGGACUCAGAGGACUCUACAGGGGAUUUGGGAUUUCGAUCUUGACUUAUGCUCCUUCUAAUGCAGUUUGGUGGGCAUCCUACUCUGUUGCUCAGAGGCUAGUUUGGGAUGGAAUUGGAUUUUACUUGUGCAAGAAAGAUGAUGAUAUGUUUGAAAACGGUGUUAGUGCUUUAAGGUCUGAUUGUAAAACUGUAAUAGCUGUUCAAGGGGUCAGUGCAUUCAUGGCUGGAGGAGUUUCCGCGGUGAUUACUAUGCCUUUGGAUACCAUAAAGACCAGAUUGCAGGUUCUGGAUGGGGACGAAAAUGGCCGAAAGGGGCCAACCAUUGGACACACGUUCAGGAAUUUGGUAAGAGAAGGUGGUUUGAUGGCUUGCUACAGAGGGCUGUGGCCACGAUGGGCUUCAAUGUCCAUGUCUGCCACCACAAUGAUAACUACCUAUGAGUUCUUGAAACGGCUCUCAGCCAAGAAUCAAGAGGGUUUGACAUGAUGAACAUACGAAUUACGAAAUAAAACAAACAGGGCAUAAGCUUAGUUUUGUCUUCUCCUCUUUCAACUAAUGCAAUGUUAAAUCUUUUGGUUGUUUUCAACUCUAAAGUUGUCUCUAUUUCCUGCUGUUGCUUGAACUAGAACUCUUCACCCUAA